AUGUCCUCCCAAUUCUUGCAGACAGAGCUUGCAAACCUCAUUCAAGAGUCUAGGCGGAAGAACGCUGACUUGCGCAAUGCUGCUGAGCAAUCGCUUAAUGAGCUGAAAGCGCUGCCUUCAACAUCAGAGGCUCAAAUAGCAGCAGAUCUUGUUCGUAAGCCGAAUUUUGUUGAGCCAUUCAUCAUCGCUUGUCAUACGCGACAUGCGAAACUCGCUGGAAUUGGCGUAAUAUGUCUGCAAAGAUUAAUCGCUUCUCGCUCAUUACCAUCUCAACGUCUAAAGGACGUUCUUGCAGGUCUGAGAGAGACGACGAGUCUGAGUCUCGAUAUUCAAUUGAAAAUUCUUCAAUCGUUGCCUUCGCUGUUGCAGUAUUACUCCAACGAAUUGACCGGAGAACUUCUCGCAAAUACGUUGGAAAUAUGCGCGACUUUGCAAGCGAGCAAGACGAUAGCUGUAAGCAGCACUGCGGCUGCUACGCUCCAACAGUUGGUGGUAUCGACAUUUGAAAGGGUGUCGAAUGAAGAUAGGAUUCCCAGCGAUGAGAAAUCUACCACCACAAUCAAGGUGGAUAGCCAGUCAAUUGAAGUCGGUCAAUUCGCGUUCGAUGCUUUGCAGGUUCUGGAUGAUCUAUGCCGUCUCAUCGAUGGCGAACAAUUGCAAUUCCUGCACACGAGGACGCUUUCUCUAACCUUUGUACUGGAACUUAUCGAAAGUAUUAUUCUCAACAGUGGCCGCCUCUUUGCGGGACAUCCCGAACUUUCGCAGGUGCUGCGAGUGCGUUUGAUGCCCUUGGCCGUAAGGUACUUAUCAGAGAGGCACUCCUUUUCUCAAACUGUUCGGAUUGCAAGAAUUCUUCUCGUGCUCCUGAAACGUCACAUGUCUCUCUUGCCGGCCGAAUGUGAGAUGGCAUUUGGUCUAAUAACUCAUUUGCUUGAGCCGGAUGGAACAGCACCCUGGAAACGAGUCUUGUGCAUGGAGGUGUUCCGGGGUAUCUAUGCCGAAGCGGGCGUUGUUCGGCAGAUCUACUCGUUAUAUGACGGAGAAGAAGGCAGAAAGAAUGUCCUUCGUGAUCACAUGGCAGCUCUUGUUCGACUGGCAUCGGAGAAACCCUCACUGAUUGGUGUCAGCAAUCAAUCAACGGUGCCGUUACGCGCUGAGCAUUCACGCUCUGCAACGGAGGAUCAGAUUGCCCUUGAGACCGGUGGUGUCGCAGGUGUCAUCGGAUCGACAGGACCACCAGCAGAGACUAGAGUUCCCGGAAUCAGCAGCCAGUGGAGUGUCGUGAGAACGCCUUAUAUUGAGCUUCUCGAUAAGACAGAGCCACCACUGCCCCCAGAAACGUAUAUCUACAGCCUUGUUCUCAACUGUAUCAGCAGCUUCGCUGAAGGACUCGGAAAGUUCAUCCUUCCUCUCACGGUGCCGGAUCUGAAACAGAAGAGGAAGAAUCGUCUCGUGAGCCCUGACCAGGGACCUGAUUCUGCCCGUUCUUCUCAGGAUCUCCAAUCUGAUGCUUGGAGAGCCCAGGCAGCAUCACCAGGGAAAAGAUCAUCUGUCCCAAUCAACCCGCUAGACUUGCAGUCUCAUGUCCAAUACUCUGCGAUCAGGACCUGUGCCGGGAUAGUUGAGAAUUGCUGGCCUGCUGUCCUUGCAGCCUGUUCCACCUUUUUACAUGCGUCCCUGGAUGAUGAAUACUACCACAACCUCGUACGAGCGUUCCAAAAGCUAGCUCAUGUAGCUGGACUUCUGAGACUCUCUGUUCCGCGUGAUGCAUUCCUUACGACACUUGGAAAGGCCGCUAUGCCCAUGAGCAUGGGCGGAUCCAAGACGCAAACUCCUGCCACACCGAGCGCAGCUGGCUCGCAGUCCAACGAGAGUUACCAGAAGAAGCGAAAGAGCUCAGAUAUGCCAAGAAAAAAUUCACUGCCCACGGAUUCCUCUGGCUCUUCUGCCGCGGAGAGUGCAGCGCCGUCUUUGAGCACAAGGAACUUGCUUUGUCUACGAGCUUUGCUCAAUCUCGGAAUUGCGUUGGGACCAACCUUGGAUCAGCCAGCCUGGUCAAUUCUGCUCGAGACAUUGCAAUACACUGGACUCGUCAUCGGAAUAUCAUCCAGCACCAUGGUCAAAUCGGCCAAUGCUUCCGGUGAAACCACUGUCAUCUCUGGGAAUGACAUCCCAACUGCCAACCUAGGAACGGAAGUUAUUGCAGUGCAGGCAGCUUCGUCCAAGAUGUUCGAGAGCACCAGUGAUUACCCUAGCGACUCUUUCCAGGAGAUCCUACGUGCACUGUUGAAUCUCUCUACAUUCACGCAAUCAGAACGCCAGAAAGAAUCAGAACAAGAAGUUUCCGAGAUGCCUAGCACCCCGCAAUCCUCACGAAAGUCUGGACGAAUGCACCAAAAUGCUCGGCGAGUGUCCCACACGGUCGGAAAAUUAAGGAUGCAAGAUGAGGAGCUCAAGUUUGUUUUGGAAAAAGGAAACGAACUAGCCCGGGCGAACCUUGAGAGGCUAUCCUCACUCGAUGAGGAGGACAACAAAUUAUGGCAAAUCCUGACGCAAAGCCUUAUUUCGACUUCCGCCAACACCGAAGUCAGCCCCAACCUCCGUCUACAGGCUAGCGCGAUCCUGAACUCAUUGGUCUUCUUGACUAUGAACCCACGAGAUGUCGAUGGAAAGAUUCAGAAUCAGGUGCAGAUGAGAAAUCUCCAAACUCUGAAAGACCAAGUGGCAUCGCUUUACUCGUCAGACGUGUCUUCUGCCAAGUCACUUCCAAUUACCGUGGUUGAAAUUCAUGAGCAGAGCUUGGAGAUUCUCCAGAACAUUCUCGAGCAAUACGCGGAAACUUUCGCGGACGGAUGGAGUCUUGCCUUUGAGUUGAUCUCAGGAGUCUUCCAAGGGAUCGCAAAGGUUGAGAAUGGGGAUCAGCUUACCACCACGACUGAGCGCAGGAAAUCGGCUCUUCCAGCCGGUCCUCGUUUGGUUCGCGCUGCAUACAAGUCUCUUCAUCUUGUAGCUUCAGACUUCCUCACCUUGUUGCCCGCCCAUUGCCUUCUGAGCCUGGUCAAUUCGUUCUCCAGCUUUGCGUCGCAAACACAAGACUUCAACAUCUCAUUGACAACCACCUCCUUUUUCUGGAAUGUAUCCGAUUUCCUUGAAGGACAAAUCGAGAAGUUCUCGAUCGAGAGUCAUGUCGAUGCCUCUGUCAGCGAAGAAGAGUUGGCAAAUCUCGCUCGCGACAAGGAUCCCUCGGUUUCAAGGAACUCGCUAUGGCUGCUGUUGCUGCUUCGUAUUGUGGACAUUGCAUCGGACUCGAGGCCUGAAAUCCGAAACAGUGCAAUCCAUACCCUGCUCAGAAUUUUUGACGCUUACGGGCAACAACUAUCAUCAAAAGCGUGGAGACUGUGUUUGAACAGAGUCUUGUUCCAGAUGGUGGAAGAAAUUGAAAACAACCUUCUACAAUCGAAGGACAAGCUGGGUGGACCGGAAGAUAGCCUCAAAUCGCGAGUGGAAACGACCGUCGUGAUGAUCAACGGAAUCUCAAAUCUGAUCACAAACUUCUUCGACACCAUUGUGAGCGACGAGAAAUUUGACGACUCCUGGACUCGGCUGUUGAAGUACCUGCAGGCAUUGGCGGAUAUGCGACUUCUAAGAUUCAGCGAAGCAACCUUUGCCAGCCUCUGUGCAAUUUUGAUUAGGGUGCAAUCUCCAACCGGACUCAGCAAGAAAGCACUUCAAUGUGCAUGGGAUCUGUGGGCAAAUGGCCACCCUGCCGGUGAUGACGCCGUGCUUGAUCUUGAUCGGCCCAAUCAAGACGCCGCGCUGGCCUAUAUGCAGUCCUUCCAGCAGAUAUACCGUCUCUAUAAAGAUGAUUUGACCCCAGACCAUGUCGAGAAGGUAAUCCAUCACCUCCGUCUGCUUGUGUGGAACUCGGUAUAUCCACCUUACUCCCCAGAUAUCGACCGCCCUUCCGCUGUCCAGGUGUUGGUGAUAGAUUGCAUCAAGACUCUCUGUCUGGAGAAGCAAGAAUCGCAGGCUGCUAUUCUUCUGUGCCUCGCCAACUUGUCAGACUCCGCUCUAUCAAGGUGGAGUUCUGGCAACGACUCGAGAAGACCGACCUUUGUUGCUUUCUCGAAAAGCGCCAUCGAUCUUGUCAGCUGGUACAUCGCAGACUUUGGUAUCAAGCAAGACAUUUUCUCGAAUAAUGCACUCGCCAUUGCCCUCGAGCACCUCCGUGCGUCAAUUAAGCAGAAGUACAUGUGGCAAGGCAAGGACCGCGAGCCUUAUCUCUGGCAGAAGGCAACAACUGCAUCUUUGAAUGUGCUCCAGGUCGCAGUACCCUAUGUGGAGAAGCAAUAUACCGAGGCAAAAGAACCAGAGAUAGCACGUUUCUGGCAAGGAGUCGUGGAUAUCACCGACGGCAUUGUCUCAGCCCGCGGCUUCCAAACACAACAGCUACCAAACACCCGGAUUCUAGCCGACGAAGCAUUUGACAUCGCCGCAUUCACCCGGCUGAAGACGCUCAUCCUCCCUUCCCUCGGAGCCUCCGCGAUCCCCGACCCAGUCCGCCGCGACUUCGCCUGUGCGCUUUUCCACUCAUCAUUCAUCUACGCUCCCCAGCGCUUCGAUCUCCCCACUGCCCCGAUCGAAAAAUCCCCUCUGCAAGAUUUCUAUCGCGUUCGUGCAGGUCGCACCUUUGACCCACCUCCGAGCCUGCGCCCAAAAAUGGCCUACGCUCUCAUGGAUACUCUCUUCGAGCUUUCAGGCAGUCCCGUCUCCGAAUCCAAUUCCACCCCAUCCCCGCAGACUCUACUCGCCCGCUCCAUCUCCCCCUACCUUCUACUCCGCUGCGCCGUCUCGCUCAAGAGCUACAUCGCCGACCAGCCUCUUCGGGGCCUUAUGCCCCAGCCGACUCCCCUCGCGAAAGGCUCUGCUGCACCUUCUCCUCCAAAUGAUCCGCCUGCUAUCAAGACUGUUGCGGCGACGACUGGGGAUGGUAACAUCCCGCGUCACCAUCGUAAGCAUCUCGAGUGGUUGUAUCCACUUGUUGUCAAGGCUGUUCAGGUUUCUGGUAAGGAGCGUGAUGAUGGACGGGUUCUUCAGGCUCUUGGGAAAGUGUUGCAGGAAACUGGUCGAUUCGAGUAG